UUGAUAGGUCAACAACUCCUAUAUGUGAUUCUGCGACGCCACCUCGAGAAAUUUUCAUGCUCUGUCGAGAUGGACACCAAACUGCGUUCGUUCGAGCAGUCCAAUAAAGGUGUCGCAGUUGUUCUAGCAAAGAACGACAUAUUGGAGAUCUUAUACUAA